CCGUUACGUUACUGCGUGCGGCGGCUCAGCCCGAGAGAAAGGGGGCCUUGUUGUGGGCUGGUCGGGUUCAUUGACUCACAUUAUACUGCAGGUCACGACAGGACAGAGGAGCAGCAGGCUGCCAGUGAGAGAUUGAAUCCAGCAGUCAUAAUGGCAGACAGCGGCAAGACUAAUGAGACCGGAGCUGCAGCAGCAGAACCUGCUAAUGGAGACCAGCAGAAUGUUGUUUCCCGAGUGAGCCAUUUGCCUCUGGUCAGUUCAGCGUGCGAGGUGGUUUCCAGCGCCUACAGUAGCACCAAAGACUGCAUGCCCUUGCUGAAGGGAGUGAUGGAUGUAGCGGAGAGUGGGGUCCGAACCCUGGGAGCAGCCGCGACCACGGGGUCAAAGCCGCUUUUGGGCAUUAUAGAACCACAGCUUGCUACAGUGAAUGAGUACGCCUUGAAAGGACUGGAUAAGAUGGAAGCAACGCUGCCUAUUCUUCACCAACCAGCAGACAAGGUGGUGUCGGACACAGUAGGUAUGAUGUACCAGUCGGUGGCGGGGGCCAAAGAUGCUGUGAUGGGGGCUGUGAUGGGUGGUGUGGAGCUGACCCGGGCAGCGGUCAGCGGAGGUAUCCUCACCGCCAUGGGCACCAGGAUGGGCCAGAUGGUCAGCAGUGGGAUGGGCCUGGCCCUGAGCCGAUCCGAGGACUGGGUGGACCAGAACCUGCCACUCACUGAGAAGGAACUGGCUGCUGUGGCUGAACCUGCCAGCAGUGAGGUGGCUGCCCCAUCGAGCCCCAGCUACUUUGUCCGCUUGGGGAAACUCUCCGCCAAAGUCCAGGAGCGAGCCCUGGAGCAGUCGCUGGUUCGUGCUGGCAAUGCCAGAGAUGCCACCUACACGACAGUGGCUCAGAUUACCAGUACUCUGGACCUGCUGGAAAGGGCCCGUACCGGCCUUGGUACUGCCGGUAACCAGAUCGGAGGCGCCUCGGAGCAGCUUCUGCAGCGCUGGACGGAGUGGAAGCAGAAGCAGGCUGGAGCCGGACACACUCAGACUCAGUCAGAGCCGGAUGGGACUAAAGAUGAGGCUGAGCUGGAAUGGCGUGUCCUCUCCAUGGUGCACGGUCUGAGUGACCAGCUGAGAUCCGCGUGCUCCAAUGUGGUGUCAAGUGCUCAGGGUCUGCCAGGUGCAGUCCAGGACCAGCUUACCAGCGCAAGGCGAUCAGCUGAAGAAUUGCACUCCUCUCUGGGGACCACCAGCACCAUCACACCCCUCCUUCUGGAGCAGAGCCGCCGCCACCUGACCCAAGUUCGACUUUCUCUGGAUGGUGUCAUGGAGUAUCUCCUGAACAACACACCACUCAACUGGCUGGUGGGACCUUUUGCCCCUCAGAUCACUGAGAAGGGCGGAGGGGCGAUGGAGCAGAGCGGACCACACAACUAGACUUGCAAUUCUUUGUUGUGUUUUUUUCCAUGUGGGUGGCAGAAGACUGGUGUGUACUGUAGAUGGGCCGUUAAAAAAACAAAACAUAUCUGCUUGUUUUAAUGAAAGUGGCCGCAACUUUUUUUUCUCCAUAAGUUAAUGACACUAUAUUUGUGAUUGUAGAUGUUUAUUUAACUGAAAGCUCCGAGGGAGGUGGCCAUAGAACAUUUGCACAUCUGUUCACUUUAUUAUACAUCCUAAAAGACUAAAGUAUUGUUUACAUCUUUUGAAACUCAAUCUAUGCAUGUGCCAAAGUCUUUUAUCGGUGCCUAAAAAGAAGUCCAAUCCUUCCUAGAACAAACCCAAUGCUCAAUAUUUCCUUUUGAGUGGAUAAAACCGCUAGACGCAUUAAACGUAAUCUCAGAUGUAGAGGGAACGGUGUAUUCGUCUGUUUUUAGAUAUGCAGUUUUAAUUUCAGUAUUUUGUGCCUUCACCUUGACCGGUUUCUGGAAGCAGCUGAUAAACUCAAUGAGCUAUGACAUGUCAAUAAAAUGUCGCCCCAGCACAGUAUUGAUGUAUUGGUAUUGAAUGCAUUUAUUAAAAGUGUUAUUCCUGA